AACGAUGCUACUGUAGCUUACUGUAGCUUAAGCUUGCAAUUCUUUUUGUAGUCGUUGGUUUGUUUUGGUUAUUUAGAGAAAUUGUUGUGAAAUUUGAUCCAUUUUGGGUGUACUUUCUCUCCGGAGUGUUUGGGCAGAUCUUUCGAAAAUUCUUUUACGAAAGGCGAUUUAAAAAAAAAAAAACAAGUAAAAUUAUUGACAAAUGAAUGCAGCGCUGGAAAAUAAUUUUCGCGAAUUCAUUUCAUGUCACUUGAAAUCUAAAACUGGAGAGAGAAACUCAUUUGAAGUGAAGGUCACGUGUCUCAGAAUUUUUGGAAUCCCCCAACAUUCUCCUAAUCGAAAAUUUGUUCUAAUCGACUUAGAAAGCAGGUCUAUUUUUGAUACUGGAAUCGAUUGGAAACGAUUUCCAACCGUUUUGAGCAAUUCUGGAGCUUCCAGCAGAUUUUUGAAAAUAGAAAUUUCCAUAAAAUUUUACCCAAUGAAGUUGAUUUUAACAUCCCUGAGUCGAUUGAAGGUGAUUUUAGCCGUUCUGGAGCCUCCAGUCGUGUUGAAAAUUUCAGAUUUUCCAAAAGAAAAUAAAUUUGGAUGAUUUUGUGGCUCUUUUUGAAAAUCUGGAAUUUUCAAAAUGUGAUUAUACGAUCGGCUUGAAACAAUCUCCAGUCAUCAUGGCUUGUCAGAAAUAAAGCUUGAAGUGGAUUUUAGCGUUUCACCUUGAUUGGAUAAAAUUUUCAUAAAUUUGCUGGAGGCUCCAGAAUCCAGAACUGCUUAAAAUGGUUCAAAACUGUUUCCAAUCGAUUUUUCGGAGAGUUGAAAAUAGCGAACGUGGCCAAUUUGAUUUUCAAAAAUUCACCAGGAAUCGAAAAUGUACUUCAGUAUUUGAAAUAUUUGGCCUUCAUGACUGGAAAAGUUUUUUGUUUUGCCCCGUCUCACAAAAUUAUUAAAAUAUCAAAAAACAUUUGAAAAACGAAAAAUUGAAAUAACGAAUGUUAACCCCCUCUUCUCCCCUCCCCUCACCAAAAAAAUUCGUGAACUUCGUAAAAAAAAAAAAAAUCUGCUACAGUCCUACUUUGUAGCAUUUUGAAAUUUUGAAAGACACCCUGCUAAUGGUGUAAGUCUCGCUUUCUGCUAAAAAUAGUAAACAAUCUUGCUUUUUGUAAACGUUGCCAAAUAAUCUUGCUUCUUGCCAAAAUUGCCCAAAAUAAUGGAUUUUUCGCGAAAAAUUUCAAAGUCUCACUUUUUUGCCAAAAAUUACCCAAAAAGCUCGUUUUUUUUCAUUUUCAUAGUUCCCAAAAGGUUCUUACUUUUUGACAUACAAAUAGAUCCUCGGUAUUUUAAAAAUUGACAAAAAAGUCUCUAUUGUUUGAAAAUUGUUAAAAAGUACUUUUUUUUGGAAAAAAUUGAAUAAAAAAGUCUCCGUUUAUUACGAAAACUUCAUUGCCAAAGUCUUGCUUUUUGUUAAAAUUGUCAAAAUUUUACAAGUUGCUAGAAAAUAACAAAAAUUACAAGUUGCAAAAUUGUUCCUAAAAUUCUAAUUUUUUUGUGCAAAAUGUUGCAAAAAAUCUCCCUUUUUGACUGAAAUUACAACAAAAAAAAUCGUCAAUAGUUGCCAAAAAAAAAAAAACAAAAAAAAAACUGUUUUUUGAUAAACUUUUCAGAAUCUCGUUUUCGUCACAAAAUUGAAAAAAUUCUCGCUUUUUAACAAAAUUUAAAAGUCUUGCUUUUUCAUCAGAAAUUUUCGAAAAUUAUCAAAAAUUAUCGUUUUAUUUUUCAACCAAAAAUUGGAAAAAAUCUUUUUUUAACAAAAAUUGAGAAAAAGUCUCCCAUAUAUCGAUGGUGUUGUGGAAGAAGGGCCAAACUGCAUUUUUCAAGAUUUUUUUCGCUCAGGGGAACAGUGCUAUAACAGCCAGAGUUGGACAGAUAAAAAGGGCCAAACUGUUUCAGAGCCAAGCUGCAUCAUUCAGUUUAGCUGUGAGAUAGUUUGGCCCUUUUACCUUUCCAUCUCCGGUUGUUAGAGCAGUGUUUCUCCGAGAGAAAAAAAUCUUUAAAAAUUCAGUUUGGCCCUUCUUCCACAACACCAUCGAUAUGUACUUAUUAAGUACGAAAACUUCAUUGCCAAAAAGUCCUGCUUUUUGCUAAAAUUGUCAAAAUUUUACAGUUGUUUAGAAAAUGACAAAAAGUACGAGUAGCAAAAUUGUUCCGAAAAUUAUCUUUUUUUGUGCGAAAAGUUGCAAAAAAUCUCCCUUUUUAACAGAAAUUACGAAAAAAUUAGUAAAAAAUUCGCCAAUAGUUGUCAAAAAAAACUGUUUUUUUUUUUUUUUUUUUUUUUUUUUGGGUGUUUGUAAUUACUUGAUUAUUACACCCGUCGUAUGAGAUUUAAAUCGAGUUGGUAAGGUCAAGUUUUUUAAUUAGGUCUAAGAAUUUUUUAAUUUCGGAAGGGUCGUCUGGUAUGAAUAGGGAUCUUUCAUCUAUUUGUGGGGAUAGUCUGUGCUGGUGUAAGGAGGGACAUUGAAAUAGUAAGUGUUGGACAGAUAUAAGUUCUGAGAGGCAGAACUGACAUGUGGGUUUUGGGGCCUUUUCAUAGAGGUGAUUAUGUGUGAUUUUUGUGUGGCCAAUUCUCAGUCUGGUUGUAAUGAUUUCUUCAAGUCUGUUUAAGUGGGAGAGGUUUUUCCAAGGAUGGACUAAUUUUUUAUGUUGAAAGAGCUUGUUUGUGGUUUGGAGGGACCAAAAGUUUUGCCAUUUCUUAAGUGUGCUUUGGGUGAAGAUAGAUUUGAGGUCGUCAGCUGUGAUAAAUAUAAGGGGAGAAAGGAUGGUGGCAGAUUUUGCAUUAAUGUCUACAAUUUCAUUUCCUAAGAUUCCAACGUGGCUGGGUACAUACAUAAACUGUAUGAAGAAGUUUGAAUUUUGUAAGUCAAAUAGAGUUUUAUGAAUAUUUUGAAUUAGAAGGUGAUCGGAAAAAAGAUUUUGGAUAGCAGUUAGUGAGCUGAGGGAAUCACUUUGAAUUAAGAAGGACUUAUUUUCUGAUUCAUAAGUGAGUAUGUCACAGAGACAGUGGAAAAUAGCUGUGAGUUCGGCAGUGUAGAUUGAAGAACAGUUAUGGAUUUUAAAAUUUGAAAUUCUAUCAUUUAUAGAGUAUGCAUAUCCUGUGUGAAGUGUUGGUAUUUUUGAUCCAUCUGUAAAGCAAAGAUUGAAUUUUUUGUAUUCUGAUAAAAGUUCAAGAUAGUUCUGUUUUAUUACUAAUGGAGAGUGGCUAUUUUUUGGGUAGUUAAUAAGCUGUAGGUUGACUUGAGGAGGUUUUAGAAGCCAAGGGGGGUGUCGCGGAUUCGCGGUUAUUAAUUAUAUUUGGCUAUGUUUUUGUUAUAUUUAAAGUUCGCGAUCUCGAUAAUAUUCGGCUGCUAGGUUUGUUAUCUUGAAGAUUCAAAAGUUUUUGUUAUUGUUUUUAUUCGAAAAUAAAUAGAGUACGAAAAGGGUUCGUAUUGAAGCGAUUAAAUCAAUCGCCCUUAUUGUUGAAUUCCUUUUUCGUUAUGGUAGCAGGCUGAUCCUAAAUAAUCGUUCGUUUCGUCCUCCGAAUUCGUUGGUAAAUUCCAAAAAUGCCGGAAACCAGCGAAAAUGCAGAAAAGCUAAAAGCGUUAUCCACCCGAAAGUCCAGACUUCGUUCUUCACUGACUAGAAGUAUGUCAUACGUAAGUGAAAAGCUGGCGACGGCAGAUUUUAACGAAGUUAAAGUGAAAUUGACAAUGGUCGAAGAUAUAUAUAAAAAUUAUCUUGCUUUACUUGACGAAUUUGACAACUUCGAAGUUCCGGAUCUGGACCCUUUCAUAGAAAAAUUCGAAGAUGACUACAUCGCCAUUAAAGGUAAAUUAGAAAACAGUAUCGAAAAAUUCUCUAAUAGCAGUGCAGUUCCAGGUUUUAAAAGACAGUGUACAACUGAAUCUGGUGGUAGCGGUAGUUGUUGUUCUUCUUCAAAAGCUACGAUUAAGUUACCAAAGUUGGAGUUGAAGAAAUAUGGUGGUAAUCUACUUGAAUUCGAAUCGUUUUGGUCUUCGUUCAACUCAGCUGUACAUAAUACUGAUUUAGAAGCAACUGAUAAAUUUACGUACUUGAGAAAUAACCUGGUAGGCGAAGCUGAAUUAUUGUUGAAAGGUAUGGGUACCACUGCUGCAAACUAUCCAAUCGCAUACGAAAUGGUAAAAAAGAAGUUUGGUAAUAAAAAGAAAUUAAUUGAUUUAUUAUACGAUAAUUUAACGAAAAUUCCAAAAAGUAACAAAUGGACUAAAAAUUUGCGAAAUACUUACGAUAAUAUUGAAUCGAAUUUGCAUGCUUUAGAAGGUGUAGGUGAAAAUAUUCAAAACAACACCAUACUGUAUUCGAUGAUUAUGAAGAAGUUUCCGUUUGAUAUAAUUAUGAAAGCCGAUUUGGAUGUUGCAAGUAACGAUUUAUCCGAAUUGAGGCAGAAAGUUGGCGAAUUGAUAUGGAAACAAGAGCAGUAUUGUGGUACUAAUUGGAGUGAGUCAUCCGAUAAUAAUUCUAAUAAAAAAGAUUUUUUCAAAGGUACUACAGAGAGCUUGAUAACUGGUGAUAGAAAACCAAGUAAAAAAUGUAUCUAUUGCGGUGAAACGUCACAUUAUUCCGAUGAAUGCAGCAAAAUAACGACAUUGGAAGACAGAAGAAAGAAAUUAAAUGGUCGUUGCAUCAUUUGUUUGAAUCCUGGUCAUCUCGCUAAAGACUGUACGGUAAACAAACCAUGUGUACAUUGUAAAAAACGUUGUAGUCAUCAUCGUAGUUUAUGUAUUAAAUUAUUUUCGAAAGAAGUUAGUAAUCCUGAACCAACUGAAUCUUUACUAAUGAAAGAUCAAGAAGGUAACCUGUUAGCAGCCACAAUCAACGUUGGUAAUGAAAGUCGUGUUCAGAAAGUUACCUCAAUUUUGGAUAGCGGUUCAAGAAGAUCGUACAUUACUACAAGGUUGGCCGAUAAAUUAAAAUUGAAGCCUCUUCAUUAUGAAACAAUUAGAAUUUCUACGAUUUGUUCCGAAGCUCCUAGAGAAAUUUCAACCAAGAUUCCAGAUUCGAGAAAUUCAAGCUCGCUGAAGUUGAUAAAAAUCUUGUACCUGAACUCCUGA